AUGGCGAAUGGCGGUCACGGUGUGGUUGUAAACGGGGUUGGUGCACCUGGUGCUGGCACCCUUUCGAGGGAAGAAAGACGUCGACGCAGAAGAGCGACGCAAAAAUAUCGAACUGCACACGCCACGAGGGAAAGGGUUCGAGUAGAAGCUUUCAAUUUAGCCUUCGCAGAGCUUCGGAAGCUUCUGCCAACUUUGCCACCGGACAAGAAACUCUCGAAGAUCGAGAUCCUACGACUGGCCAUCUGCUAUAUCGCCUACUUGAAUCACGUCCUCGAGGCUUGA